GCACGUGCUUUUACUAAUAGGCAGUUUACUGCUAGCGUUCAGUCAACGUCUUGUAAUGAGAGCGAAAAUUCAACAUUAAAGCAUCUUUUGGGAAGUUUAAGCCUUUCAUUGUACGAGUUAUUUGAUGCUUUAGAAGAAAAAUAUCAAGAGAAAUGUAAUUAUUAUGAGUUUAUUAACUGGAAGCAAACUAUACUACAAGUAGAACCAAAAACAUAG